CUCGGGGAUUGGGGUAAAUCUAUAAGGGACACCCUAACAACAUCGGAUACCCGGGAAAACUACUUCAAGAAUAAAAUCCCAACUCUACCGAACUACCUACACUACUCGAAAGGAGUGAAUCAAUACAGAGAAAAUGAGAGAGAAAGUGAGAGAAAGGAAAAUGCCCGGCAACACCCUAACUCGGAUCAUCUCAUCAUCUCCCCUUACCACUCCGGCCUCCGCGACCACCGCAUAGGCAACGGCCCCCGCAGCAUCCAAUCCCUUGGCCUCCUCCCACCCUCAAAGAACAGGGCCUACAAAUCCGCGUCCAUGAAAUCCCUCCCGUAGACAACUUCGAAGGCGAAAUCGGCCGGAGCUUCGAGAUCGUUCUCGCCGAAUCUCAUCCGCCGUAACGGAAGCCAUGGACAACAACACAUUCCUGCUCAUCUUGGCGGGGAAUUGCAUGUCCAGCGCAGCCAUGGCCUGCGGACGGAAGGCUCAAGCUCUAUCGUUCAUAUAUUUCGACGCCCACGAUGACCUGGACUUGCCCGAUGUGAACGAGAACGAGUACUUCGAUGCAAUGGGCCUGUCAAUGCUCCGUGGUGUAUCGUGAAAGACAUUAAUGGGAACCGUGCCGAAUUUUACACCGUUUAGCUACGAUGGUCGAUUUAUUUACUGCGGGCUACGAGAUCAGUUAGGUGUGCAGCGACAGCCGGUGAUUGAUGCCGGUAUGUAGGCUGUUUGGGGGGCAAACAGAGAGGAAGGUGGACUUUGCGGCUUCCUUGAAGACGCACUUGGAGAAGAGGUCGUAUUUUGGCCUGCUCUUGUGCAUCUGGAUUUGGAUGUGUUGGAUGAGACUUAUGGGAAAGUGAAUGUUUAUCUGUCGCCUGGGAGAUUGAUGGAGGAGGACAUAUUGGCUUGUAUGGAUUUAGUGCCCCGGUUUUCUGAGCCUAGGUCGUUGAUAGUGUGUUCGUUUGAUCCGGAUGCUUGGG